CACGAGAGCACAUAGUGUUAGUCCAUCCCAGCCCGCGCGCGGAGAGAAAACAGUGACACAAGGUUUAGGCCUACCGUUGACGUGGAACUUAACACGAAUACAGAGAACGAAGACCAUUUCACCGGUAACUCUGAUUCCGAGAAUUUCGUGUGGAUUUGGGAGAGAGAAGUGCGUACACUUGACCAGUGACCCAGGCAACAGAAGAAAGUAACUGCAUGACUGCUACGAUAUUAUCCCAGAUCAACAUUAUAAUCACUUUCUUUUGUCUUUUUUUUCUGUCACAGUCAAAAUAUUUUGCGUGUUAUAACCCUCCGCAAAAAAUUAACAUCAGAGCCGUAAAGAAUAUAUAUUUUUUGUGAAACAACAAUCAAAAAUAUAUAUUUUUUAUCACACUAAAUUCGGCAACUGGAAAUAUCUAAACUUAUUAUUAAAUAUAAUAUUUAUUAUUUUACCAUAUAAUAUCAGGAUUCUUACUCUUUCAACAACAAAGCUCUGAGAUCUGAAGAUGGACUUGCUGUUGAACAUGACGGAUUACUACCCUUCCGUUAACGCCACUAACGGCUCCGGUUUGAACGACAAAGAAGACUAUAACCAGUUCGUGCAGCCGGUGUGGCAGAUCGCUCUUUGGGCAGUCGCCUACUGCAGCAUGGUGUGCAUCUCUAUGAUCGGUAACCUGGUGGUCAUCUGGAUCAUCCUCGCGCACAAACGCAUGAGGACCGUGACCAACUAUUUCCUGGUGAACCUAGCCUUUGCAGAGGCGUCCAUGUCUGCCUUCAACACAGUGAUAAACUUUGCCUACAGUGUCCAUAACGAGUGGUACUUUGGUUUGGGCUACUGUCGCUUCCAUAACUUCUUCCCCAUCGCAGCUGUCUUCGCCAGCAUAUACUCCAUGACCGCCAUAGCACUGGACAGAUACAUGGCUAUCAUCCACCCCUUGAGGCAGAGGUUGUCUUCGACAGAGACCCGUGUAGUGAUCGGAGUGAUCUGGGUGUUAGCUCUACUGUUGGCCUUCCCCCAGUACUACUACUCAGCUACAGAACAGCUGCCUGGUAGGACUGUCUGCUACAUCCAAUGGCCCGACUACACCAACAACACAACCAUGGACUUCAAGAAGAUGUGAGUACUAUUUUGUCUGUGGUGUGCUGUACUAUUCCUGCCGCUGGGCAUUUAUGGAUGUGCCUACCUGGCGGUGGGCUUGUCCCUGUGGGCGGCUAUCCCUGGAGACUCCACCCACCGCUACCGCGAACAGCUCAUCGCCCAAACGCAAGUCGUGAAGAUGAUGAUCGUGGUGGUGUGUACGUUUGCGGUGUGCUGGCUGCCGUACCACAUCUACUUCCUGCUCCAGCAGUUCCACCCUGACCCCAUGCAGCUGUUUGAGUGGCGCUACAUUCAACAGGUCUACCUGGCUGUCAUGUGGUUGGCCAUGAGCUCCACCAUGUACAACCCUAUCAUCUACUGCUGUCUCAACGACAGGUUCAGAGCAGGCUUUCAGCAGGUGUUCUGUUGGUGUCCGUGUGUUCCUGCAGGCUCCUACGAGGGACUGGAACUCAAGUCCACCAGCUACCUACAAACUCAGGUGAGUGUGUACCGAGCCAGCCGGACGGAGACCAGUGUGUCGACGGUUUUGCAGCCCACUGAGGAGGAGUGCUGUGGGGCCGAGCUGCCAGCUAGCCCCCCUAUCAGCCAGACAACUCUGGAGCUCACCUCCAUGGACUCACAAUCUGCCCCAAACACCCCCGACAGCCCUGUUUUUUUGCGGCAGACGCAACAUGGAUUAGUAGCUUAAUAAACACCGAACUGGACUAGUGUCCGAAACAUUUCUGUAGGUAUAUGUGCAUUAGUACAGUACCAACUAGUUCACUAAGAAGUAUUAAACAGGACUAGCGUCUAGAGCGCUUCUGUAGGCAGACAUGGUUUGCUGGACUACAACCUGUAGUUCUAUUAUCCUCGUCUAGUAUACCUGACCAGGCCAAGUGGGGAGCACAUAAGGAUUCUUUCCAUCAUUCACCACACCGUCCCUGUGUACCCCCUGCCUUACCCCCCUGCAUUCCAGAACCAUAGGGCUGUGUUUGGAAGACCACGACUUCCCCUAGCAACAACAGCAGCCACAGGUCUCUCGCUAAGAAAACACUGAUGAUUGUGUGUGUGAACAGUGUCAAGCAGGGUGUGUGCGUGCCUGCAUUUGUUUCUUCGUGCAGGCGCGCGUGUG